CUUUUUUUUUCAAAUAAUACAAAGUUCAUAAAUUAAAAGAAAAAUGAUAAGAACACUUAAAAUUGUAAUUUUGAUUUAUCCGCAUUUUACAAAUGCUAUAUUUCCUUCACUAACGGGACGAAGUAUUUUUUCCGAAAUAAUGGAUAUUAAAAAUAAUAUAACCAGCUGCAUUGAAAAUACCAUUCCUUCAAGGUCAGAAUUGUUGGAAAAUGACGAAAGCAAUGACCACUUGUUACCUAAAGAAUUAAUGGGAAACAGGAAAGAUGUGAGAGCAAUUGUUAAAUUUCUCCUCUACACUCCGGAAUUAAAUGGAACGUAUGAAUUAUUAAAAUUUAAUGACACUGUCACAUUGGAAAGGAGUCAUUUCAAUAAAAAACGUCCUACACGAUUUAUAACACAUGGCUUCUUAUCAUCUGGCUAUGAUCCAUCUUGCCAAUUAAUUCGAGAAGCUUAUUUAAAUUUUACAAAUUGUAAUAUAAUCGUUGUCGAUUGGAGUGAAUUGGCUUGGGAGUUAUAUCCGAUUGCUGCAUUCUAUGUAAAAUUAGUUGGCGAACAUGUUGGAUCAAUGAUAACAUUUUUGGAGAAAAUGGGAAUGAAUGCAAGUACAACGACACUUGUUGGACAUUCAUUAGGCGCACAUGUUAUGGGAAUCGCAAGCACUGCUGCCUUUGAAAAAGUCAAAUAUAUCUAUGGUUUGGACCCCGCAAUGCCAUGUUUUAUAAAUGCAGAAAUUGGUGGUCGUAUUUCACCGGAUGAUGCCGAAUAUGUCGAGGUAAUUCACACGAGUAUAUUCGGUGAUAAUCAGACAAUAGGUGACUAUGAUUUUUAUCCAAACGGAGGUGUGAAUCAACCGAAAUGCUCUUGUAAUCUCAUCACAGAAAGUGUUUGUUCACAUUCAUCAGCAUUUGAAUAUUUCGCCGAAUCAUUAAAUAAAACGAAACCAUUAUUUUAUUCUGUCUUGUGUAAUAAUUUAAAAGAAUUUAAAGCAAAUAAGUGUGCAAAUUAUCAGGCAAUAAUGGGUGGUAUUGAUCGGAUACCAAAACGUAAGGGACAUUAUUAUCUUUACACAAGAGCAGAAUCACCUUAUGCAUUCGGAAAAUCAGCUAGAGAUGUAAGAUGUUCCUCUUCAAAAUUAGCCAUGUGCUUCUACAGUAUUAUUAAUCGUAUAUUUAAUAUUCAAUUAUGUUAAAAAAUUUCAAGAAAAUUUCUGUAAUAUAAACAAAAUUUUUUCGAUAACCGUAAAUGCAAACAUAAAUUUAUUUGAGUUCUGUGAAAUAUGAUAAAAGUAUUUCCAAUUUA